AAAUGAGUUCUAACAUUGGCUUGAUGAAAUUUUGCCAAAUUAUUUUUAAGAGGAUCACGCUGUUCAUCCGGUAUCCUCGUUGCAUCAAGGUAAUGUGGUUACAUAAAGGGACAGGAAAUUAGUCUAGCACUAAUGGCCCGACAAACGCCAUUUUCCACAACGUUAAUGCCUCCUUUUGUAGCAUGUGUCCUAGGGUUCCGCAACCAAAUUAAUACUUUACGCAAGAAACAACAGUUUAGCAUUAUGAGUCAAACAUUGUAGUGCAUGGAUUCUGUGACGCAAGAUUUUUCACGUGAAUUUCUCCCUCGAACAAACACAGACAGACGAUCAUCAUCAUGGCAGCGCAAGACGAGCUUGAACUGCUGGAGAGGGUGUUUCUACGCAUCGGCUCAGCAGAAACUGACGAACAGCUACAAAAUGUGAUUUCACGAUUUCUACCCCCGGUGCUCCUGAAACUAUGCAGUACCCAGGAAGGUGUAAGAAAAAAGGUGUUGGAGUUGCUGGUCCACGUCAAUAAGAGAUUAAAGAGUCGACCCAAGGUGCAGAUUCCUGUUGAUGUUCUUCUGUUGCAGUAUCAAGACCCAGCUAAUGUCACAUUUGUCACAAAUUUCACCGUGUUGUACCUCAAGAUGGGAUACCCUAGACUACCCAUGGAGAAACAAGCCGAGUUAGCACCCUCACUCAUUCAGUGUCUAGAAGGCAAACCGGUAUUGCAACAAGAUAGCCUUCUACAGAUGCUGAUCCCUACACUGCCUCACCUGAAGCUUCCCAAGGACCCAACUCAGAGGAAGGUGGUCUUUGGUCUCAGUGAGAAACCAGCUACGAUUCAACUCCUGCUGGGCUUCAUGCUAGACUAUCUCUUGUUGCCCUACACAUUCAGAUCCGACACUGCUUCCUCAUCCAGACCAGCCACAGCACCUGCGGGAUCUACAGCAGCAACUACGGCAGCAACAGGAACGUGGACAACACCACCUGGCCUGAGUGCCAAUGCACUCAAACGAGUGAUCGGGGAGAAUGUUCCGGAAGCCAGCACAAUUGAACAGUGUAAAGUGGGAAUUGUUAACUUUCUUGCUGCCGAUGUACUACCCAACGAAGACAUCGUUUGUCAUCUAAUUAUUGCCUGCUCUGAUACAAGAUACAGUGUUGCCACUGCGGCUGACGUUGAACUGAAGAAGAUCCACAACAUUGUUGACUGGAACAACAUGACCAUCAUCAACAAACUGUACAGUUUGUUCAAAGGAACUGUAGUGAUUAAAGGACAGCCUGCUGUGAAGUCCGAGGACCGCCGACUACCAGUCAGUACCCGAAUCCGUCUUAAGAUCUUUCCUUACUUUCUCAAGUCAAGAGAGGCAGCCGAUCAGUUUCCAGCUUGUAUUCAGAUCAUCUUCGACUGCUUGUACGGUAGUAACACCAAUGCUAAACUGAAGACAUUUGCCGUCCAGUUUGUCCAUCAUCUCUGCACUACGUGCAGCACGGCCCGCAUCCAACCUAUGGGGCCGAUCCUUCUCUCCGGCAUGGGGAAACUCAUCACAGAAGCUAAAGAUAGUACCCAACUUCGAGGUCUGGCCUACGUUGCCGUGGGGAAAUUAUCAAAGCGAGUGCCUCAGCUGUUUCUCAAGGACAUGGCGUUGUUACAACAGUUCUUUGAUGCUCUCUCAACUGAGGAUGCUAACAUCCGACUUCAUGUUCAAGAAGCCCUGGCUUUGAUGGCAUCUGCCUACAAGAACCUGGAAGGACCCAACCUACAGAUAAUGCAGACAUUGAUUAUGAGCAACAUUGAGAAGUCAGAGCCCCAGGCCCGCCUUGCUGCUGUACAGUACGCACGGGCCGUGUUUCCAGGCAACCACAUACCGUCACGCUAUGCCCUCCUGUUAGCCACUGGAGAUUCGAAGGAGGAUAUCCAGCAGGAAGCCAUGAAAGCAUUGAGUAUUCCUGACAGAGAAAUGAUGAUGGACAGCUCCAGAGAGAGCAGCAGCAGUCAAGGGGAAGGGGCUACCAACGACAAGGUCUUGGUACCUGGAUUCCCUGAGAUGGUGUUAUACAUCAGUGAAAUGGCAUCAAAGCGAGUCAAGAGCUCAUCACGUUAUCUGUCAGGAAACACAGCUCUGCCCUUCCUGCCUGACAUUUUCAGUGAGGUAAUUUUCUAUCUUCGUGCCUGUUUGCUGCAUGAUGCUGGAAUACAUAUCAACAAGGACUCGCCCUUUGACCUGGACUCAGAUACACCAAUUGCCAGUCGCCAUGUCAACCAGCUCCUCGACCAAUCAGGAACGGGCUCUGAGAAUCCUGUCUUGGUAUACAUUGGUCUGAUGCAACAGCUGCUGAAUGUGGUUGGGUCACGCGAGGUCAUGAGGUGUCUCCUGGAGAUUGUUGCCAUAGCGCCAGAGAAAAUGGGCAGGCAGUUUAGGGACAAGCUAGCCUGGAUAAAGAAUUUUGUGAGUGGUAAUCAUGAGCGCAUAAGAACUCCUGCAGCAGAGCUCUAUGGCAUUGUAUGCGAUGCUUGCAGCACGGACAAAAUCAAAGAAAACAUCAAAGACUUCACCAAGAUGGUGAAAGACCAGUCUCAUUCCUUUGAGGAUCACCAUGGAUCACUCCUCGCCCUUGGUUAUAUCAUCGGCCGAUACCUGUCAAGGACCAGACGAUGGGGUCCAGGCAUGAUCACCAAUGGCAACGAGACAAGCAAGCAGGAGAAAGCAAUAAUGCAACUCAACAAUGCAAUCGUGGAAGCCGUUAAGGUUCUUGUGUCUUCACUUGACAAUCACACCCCACUCAUGAGCUCUGCAGCGUGCAUUGCCUUAGGAGAAAUUGCCCGCUGCGGUGCUCUACCCUUGCCCACUGGUGGUACGGCCCAGCAGUCUGAUGCAACCAGUGACAUGGACGAUACCAAAGAAGCCAAGAAAGGGAUGGCCACUAACAAAGAAGGGGAGAUAACCAAGAGAUUGGUAGUUGACAAACUUGUGGCCAAGUUGCAGUCAUCAAAACAAGCCACAAAAGUCAAGGAGCAAGCAGCCAUGACUCUUGGGUGUCUUCCCAUCGGAGAGGCAGAGUUUCCAUUCACUCAGGCUGUCUUGGAAGGACUCCUUCAGUCAUCUAAUAUGAAAGAGGUUGAGUUGCACUUCAGUGUUGGUAAGGCUCUGAGUCAGGCAGCUCUGGGACCGGCCUCACCUGCAGGCCGAGAUGUCUGGACACAAGACUUGAGUGCCUGCAUGGCUGUGCCAUCUCCAGAGGGGGUGUCGGAGAAGAAACACAACUGGUUAGAGUGGCUGCUGAUCAAAAUCCUGGGGCAGGAAAUUAACAGUCAGAAUCCUCAUAAGAGACAGGCAGCAUGCAUCUGGCUGCUGUCACUUGUCAAGCAGUGUGGAAGUCAGCAAGCGAUGCAGAGUAAAAUGAAGGAGAUCCAACAAGCGUUUGUCAAUAUGCUGUCUGAGAGAGAAGAAAUAACCCAAGAAGUGGCCUCCAAAGGUUUGAGUCUCGUUUACGAGAUGAGCACAGCUGAUAGAAAGAAUGAACUGGUAUCGGUCUUGGUAGAAGCACUCAUGACAGGAAAGAGAGCUAAGCAGACAGUGACCGGUGAGACUCAAGUCUUUGAUGAAGGAGCCUUGGGUAGUAAUCCUGAAGGCGGAGCAUUAUCUACAUAUAAAGAGCUGUGUUCACUGGCUAGUGACAUGAACCAACCAGAUCUCAUCUAUAAAUUCAUGCAUCUAGCCAAUCACAACGCCAUGUGGAACUCACGCAAGGGUGCAGCGUUUGGCUUCAGUUCUAUAGCUUCAUAUGCAGGGGACCAGUUAACUCCAUAUCUACCUAAGCUGGUACCCAGACUAUAUAGAUACCAGUAUGAUCCAAGUGGGCCAGUCCGCCAAGCUAUGACCAGCAUCUGGGCUGCAUUAGUCAAAGACAAUAAGAACGUGGUGGAUGCAUACCUGAAGGAGAUUGUUGUUGAUCUUUUACACCAUCUGACUCAUUAUAUGUGGCGCAACCGAGAAUCCAGUUGCUUGGCAGUGAGUGAUUUACUUCGUGGGAGAAAUGUCGAUAGCAUUGUGGAAUUCCUGCCAGAAUUAUGGAAGAGUUGUCUUCGGGUACUAGAUGACAUUAAGGAAUCUGUCCGCAAGGCAGCGGAGGCCGCUUGUCGCUCUCUAAGCAAGGUUUGCAUCAAGAUGUGUGACCUUUCUUAUGGUAAGAUUGGUGAGCAGGCCCUAGCAUUAGUGUUACCGUGUUUGUUAGAGGAUGGCCUACCCAGCAGAGUAGAGGAAGUCCGUGCAGUCAGCCUGUACACCUUAGUUCAGAUCAGCAAGAAGGCUGGUAGUCGACUUAAACCCCACAUGGCUGUAUUGGUGACUGCCCAGCUAGAGUCACUCAGUGGGUUGGAACACCAGGCUAUGAACUACUUGAGUCUUCAUGUGGGACAGAACCAAGAUAGCCAAGAAAAGUUGGACAAUGCCCGCAUUGCAAUGAACAAAACCUCCCCCAUGAUGGAGAUGAUUAAUAUGUGUGUGCAAUAUGUGGAUGCUGAUGUCUUGAUUGAGUUAAUCCCUCGGGUGUGUGACCUCAUUCGUAGCGGUGUUGGAAUGGGAACAAAGGCUGGUUGUGCAAGUUUCAUAAUUCUCUUGUGCCAUCAAUGCCCGUUAGAUCUUGCACCAUAUGCAGGGAAACUUUUGAGUGCAUUUUUGACAGGUCUCAAUGAUAAAAGUGUUGCUGUCCGUAAGAGCAAUGCCACAGCCAUUGGCCAUGUGAUUGCGAUUGCCAAAGACAGCAGCGUAAAGAAGCUGAUCACGAGACUGAAAACGUGGUACACUGAGAAAGAUGAUGAGAUGUUACACACAGCCUGUGGGUUAACCCUGCAAGCCAUGUCAAGACACAGCCCGGACACAUUCAAGAAACACAACACGCAGGUCCUGCCGCUAGCUUUCCUGGCCAUGCAUGUCAAGAAAGAGAAAGUAAGUGGGCGGAGCGAGGAGAAGGAUAAUGUGUGGGAGGAAGUAUGGCUAGACUCCACACCAGGCACUGAGAGCGGUAUCAAGCUGUACUUAGCUGAGAUUGUCAGCCUGACUCAGGAAUCACUAGGAUCUCAGUCAUGGCCUCGCAAAGCCCAAGCUGCGAGAGCCAUGAGCACCGUGGCCAAGAAAUUAGGCUCCAGCUUACAACCUCCUCAUCUAGGGAGGUUGCUUGGAGCCUUGGUCGGAGGAUUAGCUGGAAGGACGUGGGAUGGCAAGGAUGAGCUUCUGAAGUCGAUAUCAACAGUGUGUACAUCAUGCAGGACUGCUCUUCAGAAUCCAAUCGAUGCCAAUCCUGAACAACCAACUAUGGAUGUAGUCCUGACAGCCGUGUUCAAAGAAUGUAAGAAGGAACGCAUUGACUACAAGAUGACAGCCCUUGAAUGUUUGUCGUCUAUCUUAGAAGCUCAUGGCAUUGACAGGUUUGAGGAAUUGUCAAGGAUACUCUUCCCGAUUGUUUCCAAGGACAAGGACGAUGAAGAUUCGGAUGAGGAAUCUGAUCGAUCCAGACAAGAUCAGAAACUCCAGCUGCAGGAAUGCGCCUACGAGAGUCUUGGUAAAGCCUGGCCGAGAGAGAGGCAAACGCAAGAUUUAUUCCACCAGGAGCUGUGUCGUUACUUCUCCGAGGGCCUGCAGACGAGCACCUUCAAGACACAAGUCACAAUUCUGAAGUCAUUAGACCUUUUCUUUGAGAGGUUAAUGUUCCUGGACCCAGGAAUCAGCAACAUGGACUGCAAGUUCUUGUCCAGUAUCCUUAUCCGUAUUGUCCCGGAUCUCUGCCGAUGUCUAGGUGUUGUCAAGUACGUUGCAAUCAGGAGACAGGCGCUCACUGUGCUGGAAAAUCUUGUCACCAAGCUGAAAGACAUCAGCCAAAUGGCAUUACUCAAUGCCGACAUGUUGUCCAACUUAGAGGACAGCCUUCUUGGCAUGACGUCAGACUCGGAACCGAGCCUGAAAGACCGAAGCAGACAGCUGAGGAAGGCACUGGAGCAGUACAUCCAGAGAGAACCGGCUGAUGCCAAUGAAGAGAGAUAAUCAUAACCCAACUUGGUGUCCUUAAGCAAGGUACUGUACUGCAGUGGCUUCUCCAUUCAAUAGGGGUCGGUUUUGUAGUUUGUGAUGUCGCUGUAGCAGUGCAUGGAGAGGACUUUAUAGUCUCCUCAACCAGUAGCCUCCUAGUUUAACAAUGCAAGAAGGUUAACCAAAUCAAGUCCUUAGAUAAUGUUUGCUUCAAAUUUACUUUCAAUUAAUUCACGUGCCUUUUUUGCAGGUAGAGUUUUAAACAGCAGAUUUCAACCUUGUUGGUUGAAUGAUUGGAUCAUUUGUGAUAAUGGCCAACUAAACUGUUUCAUGACUCUUGAAGGCACCAAUAUAUUGGGAAAAGUGGAGAAAAGGUGCAUUAUUUUGAGGUUAAAAGUCAUUUUCAAAUUGCCUGAUUGUGAUCAUUAUAAAAGUUAUUGUAACCCAACUUUUGAUUUAUUUAAGGACUUGUUCCAGGUCAGAUUUUUGGGAAGGCUUGGGUUGAUAUAUAUUCACCCCUACCCCCAGUGUGAUAAAUCGUAACCUACAUAUCACAUGGGAAAAAAAUUAAAUACUGUUUUCUGUCUUAAUUUUUGGUUCAUUACUCAAAGUGUUUGUAUUGAUUUCAGUAUUUCAACUGGAAAAAACUGGAUCCAAAACCAUGUUUGAAUUCCAGAUUUAAAUCUCUCAAUUAUUCGUAAAAAUUUUAAGACAAAAUGUUCCCAAAACAAUGUUCUCAGACAGUAGCAAAAAUUAAAUGAAAAAUUUAGAGCAAACAUACAGGUGUUGGGUUUUUACUCACCAACUUGAAUAUACCUUCCCUAUUUUUCAAUUGUAUUUUGAAUUCAAUGCAACUUUAACCUCGGUUACAUUUGUCUUUGUAUCACUGAGUAGUAACUGAAUUGGAAAGUUGGAGGUAAGCGGAUGGAUGUGUUGCUACACAAGGACAUUAGUUGAACAAGACGCAAAUUUACUGUCAUAGUUCAACGCUACGUUAUCUGUAUUAGACUUGUCCAUAGCACCCAUAUCUCUUGAUAAUUUAUCACAUUUCUUCAAUGCAUUAAUACACCUUAUUACAUCGUAUCACACUGUAUCACAUUGUUUUAUAAAUGUGUUUGCAAUACCCACAGGUCAAUUUCUCUUGUAAAUUAGUCUUUCCGAAUGUGUGCAUUCUCUUGAGAAGCCACUCUAAUGAAUGAUGCAGAUGAUGUGCAGAUAACAAUGUAAAAUAUACAUGUAGGUCCUCUUUACUGAAACCAAAUUUUACUGAAACCCUUUUUAAAUAUGGUAAAGUUUCUGGCAUCUUUUCAGGAAAUCUGAAAUUUUCAUUUGGUUUGAUAUGGGCCGUGAUUACAAAAUGGGCAAAAUACAAAUUAAUAGAGUACCUCCAAAAAGUAUAAGUUAAAACUAACGAUGUGAUGUUUGGAAUCUGGGCAGGUCUGUCACAGUCUGUUGAGAAUUGACAAUACACUAAUUCAACACUGUUCAAGAAUCUUUAUACUGUAAGUUGAUGCAAAUACACCUACUUACAAACACCUUUA